AGUGAACCAGCAGCUGGGCACCCCGAGUUCAAUCGACACCCUCUCAAACAGCUCUUGACUUUAGCCGUCGUUCAACUCUAAGUCUUUGCUGCAGAAGCUCAGACACUCAUCCUUUGUGCUGCUCUGUUACUGAAGUCCGACUUUGCUAGCUUCAACGGUCCUUCUUUUUCGAGACACACAUGUCGUCUUCUUCACAGCGCUUACCGGAUAUUGGCCCUAGCCGUAUCUCUGGCUCAGUCUUGAGCAAGCUCUUGUUCUUCUCAGCAGCAAUGGUCCUGUUGCCUUUGUCUUCCUACUAUCUUUCCUUGAACUAUGUCUUUUCUGGCUACAAGACUACAUACGCUGCCAUCGUUGCCGCAAUCAUGGCGAAUGUUGUUCUUGUUGGCUAUCUCAUUGUAGCCUUUCUGGAGGACGAUGGGGAAGGUAUUGAGAAAGGCCAGCUGAAGAAGGCUCAAUAGGCGAUGCUGCCAUGCACGACAACUGGAAGCACUGCAUGUAGAUAGAGUAAUGAAUUUGAAUCCUACAUCUGCUCAUUGUCGGGUCAAGUCUCGUCGUCACUCCUGGCAGAUAGGCCAGGUGAUCUGGCAGUGGUGGGUGACUACGCUGUCUUCAGUAUCCCAAUCGACGUC